GGCGUACGACAAAGCGCUAUAGACGUACGUGUAUAUCUCAACUAACAGCCGUAGGUUAGUACCUCAGACGAAUAUUUGCGUAAUACCCAAGAGAACCGACAACAAGGUAAGCCAGUCUACAUCCCGAUCAGAAGACGAUGGAGUGGCUAGGCUUACUUAUAACGGUGCUGGCCACGUGGGUGGCACAGGCCCAAGAAAACGAUCAGAUAACGUGGUCCCAUUUCGUUCUGGACGAGGAAGACGUGGAACUGUUUUGUAACGACUCCAAGGCCGAUUACCAACCGGAGUUGGGGUACAGACUCACUUGGUCCCGAGAGGUCGGGGACAAGCGGGUGGAGAUCGAAGAGGGCGACAAGACAAAGUACGAGUUCACGGAAUCCAUGGGACUGGAGAGACUGUACCUAACGGUGAAGGACGUCCACAUGGCUGACUACGGACCGUACUAUUGUACCGUUAGGAACCAAACCAACGACUUCGUCUUCGAGCUGCGGAAGGCAAUCAACGUAAACGGGAUGCAGUACGCGACGCUGGGAGCGAAGUACAAGCAACCUGUCACCAUAGGAUGCGUCGCAACGGCUGUCGUGCUCGGCCUUUUACUGCUUAUUGGCUUUGUCUACAAGUUCCGGUACAUAGAAAGGGAUACGUCGUACACAGUCAAUGAAAAGAACUUGUACGACACGGACCUCUCCAAAAUGAACAGUAACGCCUUCGACAACCCGGCGCUUUACGUCGGCGAUGACAAGAACCACAAGGAGCAAGUAGAAAUGUCAAGCGCCGCAAUCUCCAACGGCAAAGAAGAGAUCACUACCAUCAUGUAACUACAAAGGAUUUAUAUCAAACUUCACAACCAGUUAUAUUUGGCGCUUAUAACUUGCACAACUGACUCGAAAGAGGUCAAAGAGACGAACUAUUCAUUGUGUGAUAUGAUGUCGAAAAUGAUUGGCAUCUGUUAACCAAAGGGAUGAGGUAUUAUUAACUGGUGUUUUUUUUUAACACGGUGGUUUAUAGACGACCUUCUCCAAAAGAUUGGAACAGCAUGUCUUGCUUCAAUAUAUACAUCGCCCUGUGCAACCCAUGAUUCACUUUAACCAUGAUGAACUGUGUAUACAUAGAGGAACUUUUCAAAUUGCAGGUUUAACCAGUUUUCAAAUCCAGUGGAUUACCAAUAUGUGCGUUUGAUCUGACUCAUGGAUCCUAAGUUUUAGCCACACUUAGUUCUAUUGAACUCGAAACAGCUUACUAUGCUAAUGUGAAGACAAACCUUAGGAAUUUUUAGUUUAAUACUUAAAGAUACCUUAGACUUGUUAUAAAAAUUACCGUUUAUAUUCAAAUCUAAGUUCAGAAAUAAUACCAUAAACUGGCUGAGACAGCACUGUGAUCCUGGGGGCUCGGAGCUUAAAUUAACCCACAAUAUGUGGGGCGGCACCAUGAACAUUCACCGCGUAUUCCACAAUUGCGUUCAGGUUGAGAGCCUUUUCUUACAGUGUGCUCUGUGUUAGCUAUCGAGUCCAUGGUUAUAGCUUUCAUUUAUGACUGACUCAUCUAUAAACAAGAUCCGGUAAAUACUACAAUACAGCACGA